AUGGACCCCAAAAACGCAAGUUCGGAGGCCCUUCUGGCCUUCGUACCCCGGGAGAUCGUUUCGCAGAGCGCAAACCCCGUAUUAUCGAGCGUAGAGGCGUCGCCCCGCUCCUGCCCGACUGUGUCGGAGUCCGGCCGUUCUUCGCCGGCUCCCAGUGUAGCUUCCCGGAUGGAAGCAGAGUCCGCAGCCGAGUCUGGACCCGAGUCCAGCUCGGAAGUUUCUGAGGACGACGGAUUCGAGACCGUCUUCGAAGAAACAAGACAUUACUUGACGGAACUUAAAGUCGACGGGAAAAAUAUAAUCACCCAUAGAAGGAAGACACCGGUUUUAGGACUGAUGAUAGACACAUACAGUUUUGAAGAAUUAGCAACUGAUUUGUUUGAUGCUAAUAUGACCUACCUAAUACCAUUCAAGGCCUCACAAGACCACAUUGAAAUGUUUUUUUCAUGUGUGAGAGCAAGAGGAGGGGCAAACGAUAACCCUACUGCCCUUCAGUUUAUGUUUAUUAUGCGAAAGUUGCUACUUCGUAACAGCGUCAGACCAAGCAUUAAUUCAAACUGCACAAAUCCCGAUUAUGAAAAUUCUGCAAUACUAAAAUUCCGAAGUGGCAAAAGAUCGAUCAUGGAAGAGAAUAACACUGCAGAUGAAAAUGAGGCAGAUAAGACUGAUGUUCUUAUGCACUUAGUACGUUCAUUAGAAGUGCUAGCAGAGCUUAGUUCGGACCAUCGUCCUGUCUUACUCCAGCUAGGACACGACGUAGAAGAUAGAUCGAUUAAACGUACAAUUACAGAUUGGAAAAGACUUAGGGAUCGAUUCCAGACAAUAGAUACGGCCAAAUUAAAUAUUACAACGGACACGGUAGCUUUGGUAUCGGCGGCCAAAGAGGCGAAUACCAAAGUUUUAGACAUUAUCAAAAAUACAGUAGAUGACUGCUCAAGGGAGUGCUCGGUGCCCUUCGAGGGGCGCUGGCCCCUCCCUGAAGCAGGUAGGAUACUCAUCAAUAGGAAAAACGCAGCAACUAGGGCAUACCACACAUACCCGACAGACGCAAAUCGAAGGAGGUUAUGGAAAUUGCAGAGGACGGUCAGGUACCGCCUGGCCGACCUCCGCAAUAACCAGUGGGACAAACGUGACCAAUACUGGUCACUGUCGAGAGCUCUCAGGAACGAGGAUACAUCCACAAUGCCUCCCUUGGUUAAGCAAGACAAUACCUUAGCUUUAGAGGACACCGAUAAGGCCGAGUGCAUGGCAGACACAUACGAAACACAGUUCUCACCAAACACACACCUCAUAGACACUGAGCACCUCCUAAAGGUCAACUCAGACAUAGAGAGUAGGGUAAACACACCACCUACAGACCCACCACUUGUUGUGAUAGUCUGUGGUUUAAGUUUAUAUAUUACUCUGUGGUCUACGUUGUUGUAUUACUCUGUGUCUAUAUAUAUUCUCACUUUUCCA